AUGGUAUUUGAGGUAAUAGACAAUAUUGCAAGAGAACAAAUAGGAGAUAUACAUGCUACCUAUCAAUAUCCAGAUGCUAUAAGUUUGGAGGGAUUUUCAGUUAUUAUAGCUCAGCUGCUUGGAUUUAAUAUAGGAUUAACAUAUGAUGACACCAAUAAUUGUUCUUGCCCAAGAGCUACAUGCGUAAUGAAUCAAGAAGCAGUGAGAGCCAGUGGUGUGAAGAUAUUUAGCAAUUGUAGCAUGUAUGAAUAUAGGAAUUUUAUUUCAAAUUUUGAGGCUCCAUGUCUUCAAGACCUUUCAUAUUUGCAACCAUUAUAUAAAAAUAAACCAGUUUGUGGUAAUGGAAUUUUGGAAUCUAAUGAAGAAUGUGACUGUGGUAAUGAAGAGGAAUGUCAAUUUAAAAAGUGCUGCAAUUUUAAGACUUGUAAGCUGAAAGGUUCAGUAAAAUGUGGCUCUGGACCAUGUUGUACAUCCAAAUGUGAGUUUUCAGUAGCAGGAACUCCGUGUAGAAAGAGUACUGACCAGGAGUGUGAUUUUACAGAAUACUGCAAUGGAACUUCCAGCCAUUGUGUUCCUGACACUUAUGCACUGAAUGGAUACUUGUGCAAGUUUGGAACUGCAUAUUGUUAUAAUGGACAAUGCCGAACUACUGAUAACCAGUGUGCCAAGAUAUUUGGAAAAGGUGCUCAAGGAGGUCCCUACACCUGCUUUAAAGAAGUUAAUUCUCCUAUUGAGAGAUCUGGAAACUGUGGUUUUAAAAAUUCUCAACCAUUACCUUGUGAACAGAAGGAUAUUCUCUGUGGAAAAUUAACUUGUGUUUGGCCACAUAAAAAUACUUAUAAAACUGCUGCUCAAUAUACAGUUUAUUCAUAUAUUCAUGAUCAUGUGUGUCUAUCCAUAAUUCCUGGGUCGUCUUUGAGUUCAGAUGGAAGAGAUAAUGCUUAUGUGGCUGAUGGCACUGUGUGUGGACCACAAAUGUAUUGUGUAAAUAAAACCUGCAGAGAAACCCAUUUAAUGAGAUAUAACUGUAAUGCCACUAAAAAAUGCAAAGGGAAUGGGAUAUGUAACAAUUUUGGCAAUUGUCAGUGCUUUCCUGGCCAUAGGCCUCCAGAUUGUACAUUUCAGAUUGGUUCACCAGGGGGCAGUAUUGAUGAUGGAAAUAUUCUAAAAUCUGAUUUAUUUUUUCUUAAAAAAGGCUAUAAUGCACAUCGGUACAACUGGCUUAUUCUGAGUUUCUACAUUUUUCUGCCAUUUUUUAUUGCUUUCAUCCUUGUUAUCAUUAAGAGAAAUGAAAGGAGAAAAUCAGACAACAGAGAGAAAACAGAAUGUGAAGGGAGGAUGAAAACUGUAUCAAGGCAAGGAUGGGUGUGGCCACAGAAAUCAACUGAAUGACAUUUAAUUUGAAGGAGUGUCUGUCAUAGCCUCAUAUUGUUAAUCUGGGUGAGACACCUAUCUAUUAAGUUGGGAAUAGAUCAUGGAGAUCCUGGUGCAUAGUUUUAAAUUAGAAUAGCAACAUUUAUCUGGUGAACAACUUUUAUUUAGAAGGUAAGAUCUGAAAGGGGAAGAUCUUCAUGGAUUAUGACAGUAGGGAUGGCAUUGAAAUUGCUUAUAGGAAUAAUUAAGGGCAUGCGUUGGUCAUGGAUCUAUUAUGAAAUCAGGUGACAUAUCCAACAGUUGGUUAAAACCAUUGCUAAUUUUAUGACACUUUGGGACAACUUAAUUAAAGCAUGAUCUUUCCAAGUUUGGGUACAGUUAUAUAUGGGCUCUUGUGGGUUCUAGCAGUUAGGAUAAUAAUGAUGUUGAGUAAGCAAUCUAAAACAUAGGGAAAGUAGCCUUUUGGGUGCAAUGUGUUCAAAAUUAUUAAUAUUCAUAAGAACAAAAAUUACUUUUGGUAGCUAAAAAUUAGCAUAAGGACACAUAAAAUAAGGAUAUUAACUGAAGAAGUUACAGCCGUUGAGCGUAUAUGAUUGAUUAUGCUUACAGAGAAUAUGAAAUAAGGAUUAUCAGAAGAAGUCAUCAAGUAACUUGUAGUGUUACUAGGGAUUAGAUUAGUCUCUAAAUCAGUCAAAAUAUCCUGGCUUGGUCCAGAACCUUGGGUUUGUAAGCUGACCAUGGUAGAUAUCUACAACUUCUUGAUUUUGAGUGUUAAAUCAUCAAUAGGAGUAACUUCCCAGGAGGAUUUUGACAUUCUUUUAAAUUGAGAAACAUGAAUCCAAAAAUCAUUACACUCUUUUAGAAAUCUUAAUGAGACCCAAGCCCUGAUCACUGUCAGGGUAUUUGAGGUGCUGGGAUGAAUAUCCUUUAUGGGAUCCACCUCAUGGGUGAGACAGGAUUUUUCCUUCUGACCAGCAAUGGGAUCUAUUUAUUAGGGGAAUUGUAUGAAAAAGCACCACAUCUUGGAGUCCUGAAACCUCCAUGAAGUUCCUAAUCACCUAGAAAUACACCUAAGGGGCAGGGAGGAGUAGAUGCCCUCUUCUCUUUGAGGUGAAAAUACCCUCACCUCAAAUAUCUUUUGUUGAUCAAGUUAAGCAACUUCAAUUUUCCAAUUGCAAUUUUGGAAAUGACCAAAAGAUGUCACUGUGAACUCAAUGCAACAAGCAGAGCCAAGCAGGAGUGCACCCCAUCUUGGAGCAGCUUCUGUGACAGAUCCAUAUUAAAAAUUUUGCCGAAUAGUAUACAGAGACAUUUGCUGAAGAUCCCUUUACACAUUUUUUGUUUCCUUUUACAAACUUAGAAAGACAACCAAUAUUUGAUUGUUGUCUCUAUGCAUCAUUAUAUGUAAGGUAUAGAAACCCAGAUAGUUUAUGGAAACAAGAAUGUAAAGAAAAAGAAAAGAAAGAGAAAGAAAUAAAGAAAGGGAGGGAGGGAGAAAGAAAGAGUCAUUGCAAAAUUAAAAUUAGGUAAAAUACUCCUAGGUAACAAUGUUCUUUCCUGCUGUUUUGUUUUUGUUUUUAUUUUUUAAAUAAUAGUCAUCCUAAUGAAUGUGAAGUGGUAUCUCAAUGGUUUGAAUUUUCAUUUCCCUGUUGAUUGGUGAUACUGAGCAUCUUUCCUUGUACCUCUGAGCCACAGGGGAUAUAGGAAGAUAUUGUUUAAUGUGUAUGAAAUUUCAUUUUUGCAAGAUGAAAAGAAUGGUACAGUCGUGGUGGCUGCACAACAAUAUGAAUAUGCUUAAUACCGUGUAACUUAAAAUUGGUUAAGAUGGCAAAGUUAUGCUAUGUGUAUUUACCACAAUAAAAUGUAUUAUUUAAAAAUAAGUAAAUUGUGAAAAAAAUUGAAAUUAGCAUGUUACAAAUUCAUUAGCCAUAAAAUGAAAACUUUUCCAUGUUAAUUCCAUUGUCUUUCCAUGUGUGAACGUCCAUGUGUGAACUUAUUGGUGGGGGGAAGGUAUGACCGAUCUUUCAAAUGCUAAAGCCAUGGGGCUUUCCAAGAAACAAAGUUUUUCAAAACUGAAUAAAUAAGUGGUAGUUUUGUAUUAUGGUUAUUUCAUAGUUGUAUUUUUUUGUCUGAUACUUAAAUUAUAAAUCAAUACUAAAGUCAUAAAACCAUACACUUUGUAGUUAGCUUCUUGCUUGGACUACUCAGACAGUAUUCUUAGACUCAAAUUGACUAUAAAAAAAUUUAUUUGUUGAUGUUUUGUGUGUUUUGAACUAAAGCAUAAAGUAGAACUCCAGCAGUAGAUAUGGUUACAAAUAGGCAACUACUAAUGAUCAUACUGAGAAUUUCUUUCUUUUCCUUUAUUACAGUAAUUCAGCUAUUGUACCAGAAAGCUAUGAUGUGAAGUAUUAAUAUUGCCAAGAAGUUCACCACCAAAUGGCCUAACAGAGAAAAUGUGCUUUAUAACCCCAUGUUAUGCCCAAAUGCAUUUUAAAUGUCAGAUUUUGGAAAAUAAAGCCCACAUACAUAGAUAGCAGGCUCCUAUGAGUCAAAGGCAGCUUGCUGUGGGUGGGUGCUCCUGAGGCUGCAAGUGACACUGGCCUCUGUGUUCACAAAGCUGGGGCCUGGGCAGCUGAGUCCUUCAUACACCCACUGCCCUUUGACUCAGCUCCACUUCUACUGCCCCAGCAAGAGCCUAGGAAACAACAGGUGUUAGCCUGCCACAAUUCAGCUCCGCAAGUCCACCACUGUGUCCUGGCUGACUGGUGCUCUCUCCUUCCGGUUUUUUCAAGCCUGGGCAAACUGGCAUUCCCCAGUAGAAUAUUGCUGGACUAGGGCUUCCUAUCAUAGUGCCAAAUGGUAAGGAAAGAUU